UCAGCGUGUAAUGUUCGAGAAUUGUGCUAUUGAGAAGGUAGUGGAUUUUUAGGUGGAUGGUUUGAUUUAAGUUUCUCCUUUUUUACACAUAAUCGUCUCAAAUAAUUGUAUGUUGUUUCCCUUAAGAAGUGGUCGGUAUUUUUUAAAGAAACGCCGAGUGGUCAAACUUAUGGAGCAGUGACUGCGCGACUGCCCACUUUAUAUAUGGACAUCUGCAAGGGACUAAUCGCUUGGAUUUAGAACAGUCGUUGUCUGGAAUUUCGCUCUUGCGAGACGAUUAAGAAACUCGUUCGCAAGUUUCGAUGGUUUACCAGCGAUGAGCCGUCCGUCCUCUACCGGACCCAGUGCGAAUAAGACCUGCCUCAAACAGCAGCACAUCCCUUCCGCGGCGGCCCAAGCAUCUGUCUCCGUGCGACCAAACGCCAGCCUCGCCACUGUCAUACCUGGACCUGGAGCUGUGUCUCCACAGCACCACGAACUCACCUCCCUGUUCGAGUGCCCGGUGUGUUUUGACUAUGUCCUACCUCCGAUCCUGCAGUGCCAGGCCGGGCACCUGGUAUGCAAUCAAUGCAGGCAGAAACUGACCUGCUGCCCGACUUGCAGGGGAUCGCUCACCCCUAGCAUCCGCAACCUGGCUAUGGAGAAGGUGGCGUCUGCCGUCCUCUUCCCCUGCAAGUACUCCUCCACAGGCUGUGUCCUCACCCUGCACCACAGCGAGAAGCCGGAGCACGAGGAGCAGUGCGAGUUCCGGCCGUACUCCUGUCCCUGCCCCGGGGCGUCCUGCAAGUGGCAGGGCUCGCUGGAGGCCGUCAUGCCCCACCUGGUGCACCAGCACAAGUCCAUCACCACGCUGCAGGGCGAGGACAUCGUGUUCCUAGCCACGGACAUCAGCCUGCCCGGGGCGGUGGACUGGGUGAUGAUGCAGUCCUGCUUCGGCUUCCACUUCAUGCUGGUGCUGGAGAAGCAGGAGAAGUACGAGGGCCACCAGCAGUUCUUCGCCAUCGUGCUGCUCAUCGGAACGCGCAAGCAGGCCCAGAACUUCGCCUACCGCCUGGAGCUGAACGGGCACCGGCGCCGGCUGACCUGGGAGGCUACGCCGCGCUCCAUCCACGAGGGCGUGGCCUCCGCCAUCAUGAACAGCGACUGCCUGGUGUUUGACGCUGCCAUCGCCCACCUUUUCGCCGAGAACGGCAACCUGGGCAUCAACGUUACCAUAUCCACCUGCUGCGCUUAAUCUCGCCAGAAACAUUUUGUCAUAGUUUUUGAUUCACAUCAUUAUGAACGUUUUGUAUUGUGAGUCAUUGAAUGUGUGGACUCAAGUCAGAAGACUUCCCUUCUGUUAUAAUGGUUACAACAAUGAAGAAGUUGUAUUUGACUUUUAAAUUUUAAAUGUGUAUAUUUAAAAUGAGCAAUUGCUUCUGCACUCAAGUCUAGUCUGUCUAGUUUUUUUUAAUGAAACAUUUUACUGAAAACAACCUCUUGCCACCAGCUUAUAGCAGUAAUCAAAUUUCUCUUUUCAUUAAAGAAAGCAAUGGAACACCUUUAUAAGGCACAUUGUACCUCACCUAUUCUUUUGAGUAUGAAAUAUUAAUUUAAUAGCAAGCUCCUUAUGGCAUCAAAUUUACAUUCCAAGAUAUUUCGACUGCCACUAAGCACCUCUACAGCCCCUCAAUGUGUAACAAUCAUGUUCAGCUUUUAUAUGUGAAUAUAUUUAAGCCAACUAGUAUUACCUGUUAAAUUGUACCUUGUUACUGAGGUAAUAAUCAUUUAGA